AACGGUGAAUCUACAGUAGACUUUUGGGGGAUACAAAUAGGUGAUGACAGCCGUACCGUAACGUCAUACUGUAAUCAAAGUUAUCAUCGUCCCUCGUUUCUCACGGAAUCUCUGUAAUCAUUCACACUCAUCACUGCACCUGGCGCUAUGGCUCUCACGAUCAAACAAAUGGCUCUCAUUGUUUCCCUUUUUGGCGUCUUGUCUUUCAUUUUCGGUGUUGUCGCUGAAAACAAGAAGCCUGCUUCUGGAACUCCGGUAACCGGCAAGGAUGGUGUCACCUCCUGCAAGUUCUCGUCUGAUCCAACUGUGGUACUGGGGUACCUCUCUGUUGCUUUUCUUCUUGCUUCCACAGUGGCUGGAUAUCGUUCUCUGUUUUACCCUUACAAGGGACAGUCUGUUCCACAAGGGGUUUUCUUCAAAAACACAAGUUUCUUGGUAUUCUUCAAUAUUGCAGUGUUCUCAACUGGACUAGCUGCAGCUAUGUUGUUAUGGCCAACAAUUACUGAACAGAUUCACCUUACACACAAAGUACACCAUGAACUCGACUAUGCUUGCCCUACUGCUAAAACUGGUCUCCUUGGAGGUGGUGCCUUUCUAUCCCUCGAUUCGUGCCUCUUUUGGUUGGUUGCGCUCAUGUUAGCUGACAAUGCUCGCGAGGAUUAUCUCGAUGAAGACAAGGAUGUCAAGGGCGAUGACAAAGUUUCCUCAGAUGCUUUUGCUGCUGUUGAUAUAGUCAUAUAAGAAUAACGGAAGUGCCUGGGGCGUGUUACUAAAUGGAACAUCCCACUGCACAGUUACUUUGUCAUUUGUUUUCAAAUUUAAAGAUGGAAUAUGGUUUUAACUCAAUACUUUAUGGGGCUGUUUAUGAAAAUACUCUUGGCAGUUUAUGAAAUACUUUUCUAUAA